ACUUAAAAAAAACUACUCCCGACUUUUGAUUUUCCAUCUUCCCAUUCUCUCUCCAUCAAACAGGAUUCCUAUCUACCAUCCCAUUAAUUUUUUAUUUUUCUAUUUAACAAUUAACAAUAAUAAUGUAAAAUUUAACCCCAAAACUCUUUCCUCAACCUCUGGCUUCUCUCAAAUUCUUUGUUCUUUCCUUCAACCUCUUCUUUUACUCUUCCCGCUCAUUUAUUCCAUCAAUUUUUCCUCUUCGGAAGAUUCCUUUUGUUUAACCUAUAUUCUUCCAAUUUUGGUUUUAGAUUUAUUGUUUAUAGUUCAAUUUGUUUUACUUACUUGAAUUAACUUGAGCUUUAUUCUAUAAUUUAGUGUAUUUUGGGAAUGAUGGUUGUUGAACAAUUACAACAUCAACAGCAACAGCAGCAGCAAUCUGCUUGUGUGAGGUCUGAAGAUCUCGUUGAUAAGAAGAAGCGUCGAGUUAAUCGUCGUUCUAAGCAAAAUUCUUUCGUUCAGGGCCCAGAAAAUCUUGGAGUACAUGGACAUAUCCAAAAUGGAUAUGAAGUCUUUGAAAAUGGUAAUAUGCCGAAUGCUUCAUCAUCAAAACAACAUUCACCAAAUAGUGCCCGUACUGUUGCAUUUUAUUCCUUCCCUACAAUGAAUACCGAUCAACAGGGUGCAAAUUUGGACUCCAGUGCCAAAGUUAUUGCAAGGUCUUGUCCAACUCUUACAUAUCAGGAUUCAGCUGGAUUGCAUGAUGAGGGAACUUUCAAACCACCUUACCUACUUCAUGGAUCUAACAAGCAGAAGUACUUUGAUCCUCACUGGUCCGUGGAUACCGUUGCAGAGGCAUUGCAGAGAGGCGAGGUUUUCCAAGCAACUCUUCGCAUUAAUGCUCAUAAUAGAAUCGAGGCAUAUUGUACAAUUGAAGGCAUACCAAUAGAUGUUUUUAUUAAUGGAAUUCCUAGGCAAAACAGAGCGGUUGAAGGAGAUGUUGUUGCAGUUAAGGUUGAUCCUCCUCUGUUAUGGAGUAAGAUGAAAGGUUCUUUGGGGUCUGGCAGCUGUUUGUCUCUUGUGGAUGAUCGUGAGCCUACCAUUUGCUCUGGGAUUACUCAUGACAGUUCCAAAGGAAAAGCUGUACACUCUGCAGAAUCUGGUUCCCCUCAUAUCUCAAAUUUUCCACAUGUUGAAGAGAAUGGUUGUGGGAUUAUCUACAGUUAUUCUAAUAAUCAUCCCUCUACAAUGUUUGGUCUUUCAGGGGAAGGUUGCCCUCAUGGAGAGAAUGAGGUUCUAGAUUCCAUUGAGAAAUUGUAUCAUGCAGUUGUUUCCUCCCCAUCUAAAAGACCAACUGGUAGAGUUAUCGCAAUUAUUGAACCCUCCCCUCGUAGGGGAACUGUUGUGGGUUUUCUGAAUGCAAAGUGUUUGCUUUAUAACACGGAGGACUGCCGAAAAGAGAACAGAAAAAACACAAUUUCAUCGCCUCCAUCCAAUUGCAAUUACAUUCAGUUAAUACCAACUGACCUAAAAUUGCCUAAGAUGAUUGUCCCUGUGGGAGUAUUGCCGACUAAUAUUAAGAGAAGGUUGGAUGAUGGUGAUGCAUCAAUAGAUAGAGAACUUGUUGCUGCACGGAUCCAAAAUUGGACAGAAGAUAAUUUACUUCCACAAGCUUGUGUCUUACAUAUUUUUGGGAAAGGGGGAGAGUUAGAGCCACGUAUCAAGUCAAUACUGUUUGAAAAUGCAAUUUGUUGUUACGAUUUUCCUGCUGAAUUGCUAUCUUGCCUACCAGAUGAUUCAUGGCAGGUCCCAACAACAGAGUUGCUAUAUCGAGAAGACAUUAGAAAUCUUUGUGUAUUUACGAUUGAUCCUUCCAUGGCCACUGACCUAGAUGAUGCUCUGUCAGUUGAAAGGAUUUCAAAUGAUGUUUACAGAGUUGGAGUUCACAUUGCCGAUGUGUCUUAUUUUGUUCAACCAGGUACACCCUUGGAUGUGGAAGCAUGUGAUCGCUCUACCAGUGUCUAUAUGUUGAGAAGUAAAUUGCCCAUGUUGCCUCCUUUGCUUUCGGAGAAAUUGGGUUCAGUUACACCUGGAGUAGAUAGGCUUGCAUUUUCCAUCUUUUGGAACUUGAGUGUAUCUGGUGAUGUCUUAGAUAGAUGGGUUGGCCGUACGGUGAUAAAAUCUUGUUGCAAGCUGUCUUAUGAGCAUGCACAGGACAUAAUUGAUGGCCAAAUUGGUGUAGACAGUUUGGAUAUUGAAACAAGAGGCUUUCCUCAUCUUUAUGGCCAUUUUAGUUGGCAUGAUGUUUUCCAGUCAAUAAGAAGUCUUAAUGAGAUAUCUAAAGUUUUGAAGGACAAAAGAUUUCUUAAUGGUGCUUUACGACUUGACAAUGCCAAGGUUUCCUUCUUACUGGAUGAGUUUGGAUAUCCAUAUGAUAGCGUACUCUGUGAGCGCAAAGACUCCCAUUUUUUGGUAGAGGAGUUUAUGCUUCUGGCAAAUAGUACUGCUGCAGAGAUUAUAUCUAGAGCUUUUCCAGACCGUGCUCUGUUGCGGAGGCAUCCUGAGCCCAAUAUUCGAAAGCUCAGGGAGUUUGAAGUUUUUUGCAGCAAACACGGGUUAGAAUUGGAUGUUUCGUCAUCUGGUAGCUUGAAUAGGUCACUGGAGAAGAUGAAGGAGAUAUUCAAGGAAGAUUCAGUAGUUUAUGAGAUACUUGUCAAUUAUGCUACUAGGCCAAUGCAGCUAGCAAAAUACUUCUGUACUGGAGACUCUAUGGUGCCUGAGGAUGAAUGGGGUCAUUAUGCACUAGCAGUUCCUCUUUACACUCAUUUCACUUCUCCUUUGCGUCGAUAUCCUGACAUAGUAGUACAUCGGACAUUAAGUGCUGCUAUAGAGGCAGAGCAGGUGUAUAUGAAACACCAAAGCACAGAAGAUGGACUCAAUCAGGCAGGCAAAUUUAGAUGCUUCACUGGAAUUAAAUUUGAUGCUCUUGCAUUCCAAUCUGUAAAAGCUCAGCUUGAAUUUUCCUCUUCUGCAUUGAAGCAUGGGGUACCAAGCAAGGAGACACUUAUGGUUGUGGCCUCUUAUUGCAAUCAGAAAAAAUUGGCAAGUCGGUAUGUCAAGGAUGCUGUUGAUAAACUGUUCAUGUGGGUCUUGCUGAGGAAUAAAGAGAUUUUGGUGUCGGACGCAAGGGUUUUGGGUGUAGGUCCAAGGUUUAUGUCCAUAUAUGUGCAGAAGUUUGCGAUUGAAAAGCGCAUAUAUUAUGAUGACGUUGAUGGCUUAAAGACAGAAUGGCUUGAGGCGACGUCCACACUCAUACUCAGCUAUGAACAUACUACCAAUAACAAGAUUAAUAAGCGCUUCCAACGGAGAGGGAGCCCUGGUAAACUCAAGCCGCUAGAAGAAGUGGCUGUAAUUUGUAGUCCUUUUAACAUAGAAUCAGAUGUUGAACCUGCUGUUUUCCCCCUCACUGUUCGUGUUUUGACUGCAGUUCCUGUUGUACUCCAUGCCGUUGGCGGAGAGGAUGGUCCAUGUGAUAUUGGUGUGAGGUUAUACAUCAAUUCGUAUUUCACAUAACUUCGGUGGAGCUGUUUUUUUAGAUAUUAAUACCAGUGUAUAGUGUAACAAACAUAUGGUAUAGUAAAGCUGGAUAGUGUUAACAGUGGCUGUUUUUAUUAAAAGCUGCUUGUUGAUAUAGGGAUGGGGAUCAGGUCCAUGUUAUUUUUUGGAAGUGGGCUGUUCUAAUCUUAUCUGGCUUUACCCUCUUCUUUUUGACUUGUUCCCUCUUAUGCUGUUGCUCAAAUGUAUGUUUUUUGGUUAAUUUGAGGAGCAGUUGACUUAUGUGGGAAUAUCUUCUGUUAUUUGAACAUAUUGCACUCUUAAUUAACUGUAAGAUGCUGUGGUUCUGUUUUACAUUUUUUAUGUUUGGCUACCUACCAUUCAACAACACUCGUCAGUCACCACAAUUACAAUGAGAAACAGAAAUUCCCUUUUUUGGAUACCAAAAUUUGCUAUUCUUAAUGCAUCAAUAUAUUAAUCAAACUAAGAUUCUUUUCAUCCUAAAGCAAUUUUAAUACUAAUUAUAAGUAGAAAAAAGUAUACCUCAGUGCUAAUUA